AUGUCGACUGAGGACUACUAUGAGGAAGACCCAUACGCUUACGAAGACGAUGAGGCAGCCAUCACGGCUGAGGACUCCUGGACGGUGAUUUCCGCGUUCUUCCGGGAGAAGGGUCUUGUCUCGCAACAAUUGGAUUCCUUCAAUCAGUUCAUCAAUUACACGAUUCAAGACCUGAUUCUCGAGGACUCGACGUUGAUUUUGGAGCAGUUGGCGCAGCACACGACGGAGACGGAUAACAUCAGUCGGAAGUACGAGAUCAGCUUUGGCAAGAUCUAUCUGGCAAAACCAUCCAUGACGGAGUCGGACGGUGUGUCACACGCAAUGUAUCCACAGGAAGCUCGUCUACGGAACCUGACGUACGCGUCUGGGCUGUUCGUGGAGAUCAAGAAGCGGACGUACGAAGCAGUGGACAUCCCAGGGCGCGACUUGAAAUACCAGGUUAUUCAGGAGGAGAGUGAGGAUAACGAUGAAAACAAGAUUUUCAUCGGCCGGGUGCCCAUCAUGCUGCGGUCUAAGUACUGUCUGCUUGACGAGCUGACAGAGAGCGACCUGUAUAAGUUGAAAGAGUGUCCGUUUGACAUGGGGGGUUAUUUCAUUAUCAAUGGGUCUGAGAAAGUAUUGAUCGCGCAGGAGCGUUCUGCUGGUAAUAUUGUGCAAGUGUUCAAAAAAUCAGCUCCUUCGCCAAUUUCCCACAUCGCGGAAAUUCGGUCGGCACUCGAGAAGGGCUCCCGUUUCAUCAGUACACUGCAAGUAAAGCUUUAUGGACGUGAAGGUAGUACCUCACGUACUAUCAAAGCCACGCUUCCAUACAUCAAACAAGACAUUCCGAUUGUGAUCAUUUUCCGUGCACUCGGUAUUAUACCUGACGGAGAGAUUCUGGAGCACAUCUGUUACGAUGUCAAUGAUUGGCAGAUGUUAGAGAUGCUAAAGCCCUGUGUCGAGGAAGGGUUCGUCAUUCAGGAUCGUGAAACUGCACUAGAUUUCAUUGGUCGUCGUGGUACCGCUUUAGGUAUCAAGAAGGAGAAAAGAAUUCAGUACGCAAAAGAUAUCCUCCAGAAAGAGUUUUUGCCUCACAUAACGCAAUUGGAAGGUUUCGAAAGCAGAAAGGCUUUUUUCUUAGGAUACAUGAUCAACAGACUGUUGCUGUGUGCAUUAGACCGUAAAGAUCAAGACGAUCGUGACCACUUUGGUAAGAAGAGAUUAGAUUUGGCUGGUCCAUUGCUAGCACAGCUUUUCAAAACUUUAUUCAGAAAACUCACCAGAGAUAUCUUGCGUUUCAUGCAAAGAUCGGUCGAAGAAGCUAAAGACUUCAACUUGAAGUUGGCGGUCAAGGCAACAACUAUUACGGCAGGUUUGAAAUAUGCACUAGCUACAGGUAACUGGGGUGAGCAGAAGAAGGCCAUGACUUCGAGAGCUGGUGUUUCCCAAGUGUUGAAUAGAUAUACUUAUUCGUCUACUCUAUCCCAUUUAAGAAGAACCAACACUCCAAUCGGUAGAGAUGGUAAGUUGGCCAAACCUCGUCAAUUGCAUAACACUCAUUGGGGUCUUGUGUGCCCCGCAGAAACACCGGAAGGUCAGGCUUGUGGUCUGGUGAAAAAUUUGUCGUUAAUGUCCUGCAUAUCGGUGGGUACGGAUCCUUUGCCAAUUAUUACCUUUUUGAACGAAUGGGGUAUGGAGCCAUUAGAAGAUUACGUCCCUCAUCAAUUUCCCGAGGCCACAAGAGUUUUUGUGAAUGGUGUUUGGCAUGGUAUUCACAGAAAUCCUGCAAAGUUGGUGGAUACUAUUAGAAAGUUAAGAAGAAAAGGUGAUAUUACACCUGAAGUCUCAAUUGUCAGAGACAUUCGUGAAAAAGAGUUGAAGAUCUUUACCGAUGCAGGUAGAGUCUAUAGGCCUUUGUUCAUUGUGGAUGAAAAUGAGGAAACGGGUAUUAAGGAACUAAAAUUGAGAAAGGGCCAUAUCAGAAAGCUUAUGCUAACGGAGUAUCAGGAUAUUGAAGGUGGCUAUGAGGACGAGGAGAGUUAUACGUGGUCCUCUCUGUUGAAUGAAGGUCUAGUUGAAUACAUCGAUGCAGAAGAAGAAGAAACGAUUCUUAUUGCAAUGCAACACGAAGAUCUGGAUCCAACGAUCGAGGCAGCUGAUCCAGAGGAAGAACUGGAUCCUGCUAAACGUAUUAAAGCCAUUCAUCACUCCAGCACAUUUACACACUGUGAAAUUCAUCCUUCCAUGAUUUUGGGUGUGGCCGCAUCUAUCAUUCCAUUCCCCGACCAUAAUCAAUCACCUCGUAACACUUAUCAAUCAGCUAUGGGUAAGCAAGCGAUGGGUGUCUUCUUGACCAAUUACAAUGUCCGUAUGGACACAAUGGCCAAUAUUUUGUAUUAUCCUCAGAAGCCUCUUGGUACUACACGUUCUAUGGAGUAUCUGAAAUUUAGAGAACUUCCAGCAGGUCAAAAUGCCAUUGUUGCAAUUGCAUGUUACUCUGGUUACAAUCAAGAAGAUUCUAUGAUUAUGAACCAAUCUUCCAUUGAUAGAGGCUUGUUCAGAUCGCUUUUCUUCCGUUCCUACAUGGAUCAAGAAAAGAGAAUCGGUAUGUCAAUCACGGAAUCUUUUGAGAAGCCUCAACGUACCAACACCCUAAGAAUGAAGCACGGUACUUACGAUAAACUUGAUGACGACGGUUUGAUUGCACCAGGUGUUAGAGUAUCCGGUGACGACAUCAUCAUUGGUAAGACUACUCCAAUACCACCAGACGCAGAAGAAUUGGGCCAGAGAACCGCAUUCCACUCUAAACGUGAUGCAUCAACUCCAUUAAGAAGUACAGAAAGUGGUAUUGUUGACCAAGUCCUGAUCACAACUAAUCAAGAGGGUUUGAAGUUUGUGAAAGUUCGUGUUAGAACAACUAAAGUUCCCCAAAUUGGUGACAAGUUUGCUUCUCGUCACGGUCAGAAGGGUACUAUUGGUAUUACUUACAGAAGAGAAGAUAUGCCUUUCACUUCUGAAGGUAUUGUACCGGACCUGAUCAUUAAUCCUCACGCCAUUCCCUCUCGUAUGACAGUUGCACAUUUGAUCGAAUGUCUGUUGAGUAAAGUUGCUGCACUGUCUGGUAACGAGGGUGAUGCAUCACCUUUUACCGAUAUCACAGUGGAUGGUAUUUCCAGACUGCUGCGUGAACAUGGUUACCAAUCUCGUGGAUUUGAGGUCAUGUACAAUGGUCAUACGGGUAAGAAGCUGAUGGCCCAAAUCUUCUUUGGACCUACCUACUACCAGCGUCUGAGACACAUGGUCGAUGACAAGAUUCACGCAAGAGCCCGUGGUCCUGUACAAGUACUAACGAGACAACCUGUGGAAGGUAGAUCAAGAGACGGUGGGUUGAGAUUCGGUGAGAUGGAACGUGACUGUAUGAUCGCACAUGGUGCAGCGGCAUUUUUGAAAGAAAGACUGAUGGAGGCCUCUGAUGCCUUUAGAGUUCAUAUCUGCGGUGUAUGCGGUUUGAUGACUGUUGUGGCGAAGCUCAAGCACAACCAGUUCGAAUGUCGAGGUUGCAAGAACAAGAUCGAUAUUUAUCAAAUUCAUAUUCCGUACGCUGCGAAGUUGCUAUUUCAAGAAUUAAUGGCUAUGAACAUUGCACCACGUCUCUAUACGGAUCGUUCUAGAGAUUUUUAA